AUGAGUUCAUCAUCAGAGCCUCACGAAACCGAUCGGCUGCUGGAGCGAAGGAGCAAGAGUAGACGAAGAAGCACCGUCAAGGCCACGAGCACGCAGGGACCUCUCCAAGAGACGGCAUAUGCCUUGUUGGAAUCCGACGACAUUGAAAAUGUGAAAAUUGGACUCGUCUACUUGCGACGAGUCUGGGCAUUGACGUUUAUGCAGUAUGCGUCCAUCUUUAUCAUUGCGUCUCCGUUUGCACUGCUGGAGAGUGUCAAGGCGACGGUGGAAGCAUACCACUUUGCACUCGAGGUGGUGGCCGUGGCGGGCAUUAUCGGUUCCUUUUCCGUGGCCCUUUGGAAGGGACCCAUGUUUCCCUUUGCCCACAUUGCUCUGGUGUCAUUGACAAUCUCUGUGGGUCUGGAAAUUGGUAUCUCCUUGGCCACGUCUUCGUGGGGGGAAGUGGGCCUGCUGGCAAUUGGACAAGCCACUACGAAUUUUGCCUUGAUUCUGGCCAUUAUUCAGUUCGAUGCGCAUUCCCUCAAACACUUUACUUAUCCGGUGGCAUCACUCAUCUGCCUUUUAUUUAGCCUUUGUUGGAUGAUCAUUAUGGUGGAAGAGGGUCAAUCAUGGAAGAUGGCCGGCUAUGUUGGAUUGGGAGGAUGGGCAUUUACCAUGAUGAAUGUAGUGUGCAGUUGGUAUGUUUCCAAAGAGGUGGCUCCGGAAGAGUACAUUUUGGCCGUGCUCUUCAUGCUCUUUCCAGAGGCAUUGCUGUGUCUAGCUUCCAAAGAGCGGCAUCCAGAUGAGGAUGAAGAAGAAGGAACAAGCGUAUGA